AUGGAUCUUUUUGAUCGUCGACGCCGCCAUCCGGGGAGACUCCGGGACAGGGAACUCCCUGUUCUUGAUUUCCCCAUCACGCCGGCGAGCUCCACCGCGCCUUCGAGAUGGGGGCGCUAUCGGCAGAUUCUUGACGAUCUCUUUCUUAGCAUCAACGACGAUGGCGGCAAUGCCGCCAACAAGCAGAGGAAAAGAUGUCGCAGAGAGAAAGAACCAGUGGAAAGUAUCAUCAGUGCCUGUCAGAUUCUCGAUGCGGCUGGUCUCCAGGACGGCGAUCAUCUAAACCUCCUCGAUUGGAGCCCUAGCCGCAACCUGGCGAUCGUCCUCGACGACGUCGUGCACUCUCUGAACCCUGGCACCUCCGCUCAUGAGAUCGUCUUCGACUACAUGGGCAGUUCAAUUUCGAGCCUCAGCUGGGCUCCCGACGGCCGCCACCUCGCCGUUGGAAUGCACGAUUCGCUGAUUUACAUAUGGGAUGUCGAACGAAAGUGCCCGACGAGGACUUUGAGAAAUGUGCACUGGAGAUCAUCUCGAGUCGGGUCUCUAGCUUGGAAAUGUGACAACAUACUGACCUCAGGAGGCUCAGACGGCAGAGUUGUCAACAGCGAUCCCAGGAUGCCGUCUGCAGCCCACGUUGUUCAAAGCUACCGAGGACACGGGCCCGGCGACAUUUGCGGGCUCAAAUGGUCACCUGAUCACGCAAGCUUCAAGCAACUAGCGAGCGGAGGCAGCGACGGCCUGGUUCAUGUAUGGGAUGCUCGCAAUCAGAAUCAGUGGGCUUUUCGUUUCAAGGUUGCUGCUAGAGAUGCUUCUGUCAGGGCCCUUGACUGGUGCCCUUUCAAGGGUUGCUUGCUGGCCACAGGGGGAGGUGUUGGAGGGGACGGCAAGAGCAACGGAUCGAUCAGGUUCUGGAGCACGCAAACCGGUGCUUGUGUGAGGUCGGUGAAGACCGGCAGCACCCGAGUCUGUGCUCUGAUGUGGAGCAAGAACAGCGAGCAGUUUUUGAGCUCGUGCAGCGGUACCGAUCAGGAUCACAUGACUCUCUGGGACUACCCAUCCUGUGUUAGGACAGGAGAGCUUGUGGGUCACGUCGCCCCAUACUUAGCUUUGAGCCCAGAUGGCACCACGGUUGCAUCGGCUACGGGGGGCAUCGACUCAACGCUGAGAUUGUGGAACGUUUUCCCCCCAGUUCCCAAGCCCACAUCUAGAGCGCUCUUCAGCGGUAUUUUGUGGUGUACUAGUGCAGGUUUUAUGUUCAAUUUCACUUUUACAGAGUUUGUUGCUCUUCCUUUUGUUUUUCUUCUCUUUUUCCCCUGCAUUAAAGAAUGA